AAAUACCAUCUUGAAUUGCAGGGGUGUCACAUUAAGACAUAGAUUCACACGGUCUAAAUUUAUCUCUUUAAACACGAGAGCUAGACGGGAGGACGCUAUUUUCCGAAAACCAAAGUGGAUUUACUUGGAAAUUUCACGGAGUUUGAAAGAAAACAUCGAAGAUACAAUAGUCUACAAGUCUUGUUUAUAUAUAGAUCUAUACAUAUAUAUCAUACAGAGUUGUUUUUAUUACACUGAAAUAAGAAGAACUGCGAUAUCACAUUGACAACGCAGCGAAGUGAGAAAAUGCGGCUGCACUGUUAUCAGAAUCAAUAAGAUUUUUACCAAACGACAUUCAGAAUAUUUUUUGACAAUUUGUUAAUCCACUUCAUAGUCAUUCUUCUGACAAUGUCACGAAAAUUCAGACCAUUUUUAUCUCUGGUAAUGUUUUUUGUAUACGUGGGGUGGACAGCACCUCUGUGCUGUGCUAUCUGUGUGGAGGUGGACUCUUUGACAGAAGCAGCGGCUGGAGAUAGCUUCAUGCUGGGCUGUAUUUCCUGUAAGAGGAGACAAGAGGUCCCUGGAAUCACCACUGUGGACUGGCACUUCAAAUCCUCCAAAGCCGAUGAGUUCUCUCAUAUCUUCCAUUAUGAUUACCCAUUGUCAACCAUUCUUCAUGAAGACUUUGAGGAUCGGCUUGAGUGGCAUGGGACGAAAGGGACAGAAGACAUUCAGAUCGGCGCUAUCUUCAUCCAUAAUGUCACGUUCAAUGACACAGGCACCUUCCUCUGCACAUUUGAGCGCACACUCUUCCUGCCUGCAGGAGAAGAACACAUCCAAAUACAAAAAACAGUCCAGCUGACUGUUGUGCCAGAAGCCAAGCGUGCCUUGACCGCAGUGAUUUCAGAGAUUAUGAUGUAUGUGGUCAUAGUCUUCCUGCAGCUGUGGAUUAUUGGAACGCUCAUAUACUGCUAUAAAAAGAUCUAUGCUGAAAAUGAAGCUGAGGUUGCCAGAAAAGCCUUGGCGGCACAAAAAGAACUUACUGAGGCAAAGGACAAUUGUGACGGGGUGCAUUUGGAGUAACUGCUUCUUUGACCAGUAUUAUCAUCAUGUUGGUGCACAGGCUUAUGAUUGCUGUAAAAACUGGUUGGGAUGAUUGUAAGAUUGUGCAGAUUUUGAAGUUGUAUUUAUUUCAAUUCUGUGUCUUUACUUUCUUCUGUAAGCAUUAACAAAUACUUAAAAGCUUUGCUGUUGCAAGCAGAAGGUGAACCCAGUGCUGUGACAAUGCAGCAUAACAGAGUCUUAAUAGAGUUUCAGAAAUAUUACAGAAGAGGUGCAUGAAGUGUUGAGGUUGCUGUUUUAUAAUUUACAUGGCAGGUUAUUUCCUGUUAAGUUGUUAUUAACAAUUAAUUAAAAAUUACUGCAUAUGAAUUUGA